CACAGACACACUCAUUAUUUAAUAAAAAAUUACAGCCUAAAGCAAAACGCAAUAUGGAUAAUCAUCCUUUAAACGAAAUAAUAUCGUCUCCGCCGCCGAGUAUGCGUCAGCGCUCCGACUCGUUAGAUACCAUUGUAUCGCCACGUAGGAGUACCUACCGUGCAAUACUUAAUGACCGCCCGAUAAAUAUGUCCGCUAAAUUAAACUCUAUGCGCACUGACUCGAGAGUUGAUAGUGAUGGAUUUACGCUCGUAGAAAAUAAGAAAAAACGACAGUUCCGCAAUAAUAAUAAAUGUGGCACAGGAACAGGUACGAGUAGGUUACAAGUGGCGCAACUGCCUGAAGCUAUUUACCUAUCGCGUUUGAAGACGACAUGUACUAUUGAGGACGUGAAAGAGCACAUACUUUCAAUGGGAUCGGAAGCACUGGAUAUACAAUUAUUACCACAGCGAAAAGAGCUAGACUUUAGGUCGUUUAAAAUUUUAGUACCUAAACAGAAUCUAGAUACGUUUUUAAGUACAGAAUUCUGGCCUAAAGACUUGGUAUUUCGACGUUUUAAGGAACGAUUUACUAACGUAAGCAAUAACAAAUAAAUAUGGAUAGUACAAUUAACACAAUUAAAAUGAUUACGUUUAAUUGUCAGAACAUUAAGACUUCUAUGCAACAUGUCAGGGAUCUGUGUGGAGUCGCGGAUGUGGUAGCAGUCCAGGAAACGUGGCUCAUGCCGCAUGAUCUCGGUCUGGUUGAUACUAUCGACAUUAACUUUGGCAGUGUAAGCAGAUCUGCGAUGGAUACUUCGAAAGGAGUUAUAAGAGGACGCCCAUAUGGCGGAACAGCCCUACUAUGGAGGAGGUCGAAGUUUCCUAACGUCUCCAUUGUUGAUUGUGGACAUGAUAGAAUUGUUGCUAUACACGUGAAAAACGGUAGACAUUCUUUUAUUAUAUUUAGUGUGUACUUGCCAACUGAUAAGACUGAUAACCUCUCAGAAUUUACGGACUGCUUAUCAAGAAUUCAUGCUGUAAUUGAGGAGUAUGACGUUCCCUUUGUUUAUAUCUUAGGUGAUUUUAAUGCCCACCCUAGUGCCCAAUUUGGUAAGGAGCUAUUGGAUUUUUGUGCCGAGCAGGAACUGUCUUGUGUAGAUAUUGAUGUGCUGGGAAUUACAUCCGAUACGCAUACCUUUGAGAGUAAAGCGCAUGGUACCUGCUCAUGGUUGGACCACUGUGUGACAACCACUGCAGCCCGCGAUACUGUUAAAUCAGUCCGUGUUUUAUACGGUGUCUAUACGUCAGAUCAUGUACCUUUGUGCAUUGAUUGUGAACUUGAGAUCUGCCGUGGCUCUGUCGUGAGCGGAAACUAUGCGUCUCAUGGCGAUAGGGAUAAAAUAAGAUGGGGAUACAGAGAUGCUAGUCAAAUAGAUAAGUAUUAUGAAUAUUGUAAGCGAGAAUUUUUAGGAAUUAAUACAUAUAUGACAAAUGAAUUAAAUGUGAUAUCUAAAAGCAAUAAUUAUUUAGACUCUAGCGACGACUAUUUUAAAAUAAUUGACGAUAUGUAUUGUAAAAUUAUUAAUAUUCUACAAUUAGCUGCCAUUAACAGUUCAAUUGCGCAAUCUUCUAGUAAAAGAAAACGUGUUCCUUUGGUUGGAUGGAACCUUCAUGUUCAGGAAAGCCACUCAACUGCGCGUGUUCACUAUGACGUUUGGUUGAUGGCAGGCAAGCCGGCCACAGGUGACAUGUAUGACAAGAUGGUGAAUAGUAGAAAGAAUUUUAAAAAUAAAGUAAAAUGGUGUAUUAGGAAUGAAGAGACUAUUAAGAUGGAUAUACUGGCAAUGCAUAAAGAGGAAAAAAACUUCCCGAAAUUUUGGAAUGCUACAAAGAAAUUACAAAAGAAACAAAGUCUGCCUGUUGCUGUGGACGGUUUGCAACAACCGAAGGAGAUAGCCGAGUUAUUUGUUCGUCAGUUUAAAAAAGAACCACUGCCUACACAGCAGCGGACUGAGAACAAAAUUCAUCCGGUUUCUGAGGAAUCGGUGGUGCAGUUUACUGUUGACGAUGUUGUUAAGGCGAUACGUGGUAUGAAAAGGGGCAAGUCUCCUGGACAUGACAAUCUGAGUAUAGAGCACGUCCUUUACGCGGGAGAGCCGCUGUGGUCGAUGUUAUGUGUGAUUUACAAUUUAUUUGUAAAGUACUCAUACCUACCUGACCCUCUUAUGCGAACAGUGGUCGUGCCUAUAGUUAAGAACAGAACAGGAGACUUGAGUUCGUCGAUUAACUAUCGGCCUAUCUCCCUAGGAACUGUCGUGGGCAAGGUGUUUGAGAGGCUGCUACGGCCCGAAUUGCUACGAAACCUGGAUAUUGAGGAUGCACAGUUUGGCUUCAGGCCUGGUGUGUCAACAGAUUCGGCGAUUGUCAGUUUAAAGUACGCAAUGGACUAUUACGUUAAUCGUGAUACGCCAGUUUAUGCCUGCUUUCUGGACCUCAGCAGCGCGUUUGACCUGGUGAAUUAUGAAAUUCUUUGGACCAAACUGCGCGGCUUUGGGGUACCUGAAUCAAUCGUUCGACUGUUGGCAUACUGGUACGGAGGACAGACGAACUAUGUGAGAUGGGGCGACACGACUUCCAACGCAUACAGGUUGGAAUGCGGUGUGCGUCAAGGAGUGGAAAAGUUCCGGAGAGUAUACCCCAAGUGUUUUUGAACGGAUCGGCAAUUCGGCUUGUGCAGCAGUUCAAAUAUCUUGGUCACAUCGUUACUGGAGACCGCAAGGAUGAUCUCGAUAUGGAGCGGGAAAGACGGGCAUUGUCGGUUCGGUGUAACAUGCUUGCGCGCCGAUUCGCAAAAUGUAGUAGUGAAGUGAAGGGCACACUCUUUAGGGCCUUUUGUCAGUGCUUCUACACCUGCCAAUUAUGGUAUAGACACAAGAGGGCGUCCUUUAGCACCAUAAGAGUGCAGUAUAAUGACGCAUAUCGCAUUCUUAUGAAGCUUCCUCGCUUUUGUAGCGCGUCCAGCAUGUUUGCCGAGGCGAGAAUGCCCGACUUUUUUGCUAUUGUUAGGGCACGUAUAUCUUCAUUUUGGGACAGAUUGCGUUGCUCUGAUAAUAGCAUGCUUAAAGUUGUUAGCCGAGACUUGACUAGCCCGAUGAUACGGUACUGGAUCAAAGUACAUCGGGAAUCAAAUAAAAAAUGAUCGCACCACAUUUAUUUUGUGUUAGUUUAUUUUUUUGUGUUAUAGACGGUAGGUACUAUUGUACCUUUAAGUAAUUCGUAUUA